AUGACAUUCACCAAAGCCCUCAUUCCGCUUGCGCUCCUGCUUGCCAAAGCGCAAGCUGGCUCAUUUGCUUCAUGCCCGAAUGACCUGCCUCUUUCGUGCCACAACACCACCAGCGUUUCAGAUACUUGCUGCUUCAUCCCCGCCGGCCAGCUCCUCCAGACUCAAUUCUGGGACUCAGACCCCGCCGGAGGACCUUCUGACUCUUGGACUAUUCACGGUCUCUGGCCUGAUUACUGCGACGGCACAUACCCGCAGUUCUGCGACUCCAGCCGCGAGUACACCAACAUCAAGAGCAUCGUGUCCAAGUUCCUCGGCAACAGCACACUAUCCUACAUGGACAAGUACUGGGUCAGCGAGGACGGCAACGACGAGUCGCUGUGGGAGCACGAGUGGGACAAGCACGGCACAUGCAUCAGCACCCUCGAGCCUAGCUGCUACACCAACUACCAGACCGGCGCCGAGGCGGCAGACUACGUUAAGAGGACCAUCUCACUGUUCAAGACCCUGCCCACGUACAAGUGGCUCGCCGAGGCUGGCAUCGAGCCUUCUGACUCAAAGACGUACACGGCCACCGAGAUCCAGGACGCUUUGGCUUCGCAGCACGGAGCUCGUGUCACCAUCGGCUGCAAGUCAAAGACCCUCAACGAGGUUUGGUACCACUUCAAUGUUCAGGGUUCGCUUCAAGAGGGCCAGUUUGUGGCCUCGGAGCCCGAUGGAGGCAAGAGUUCUUGCCCUGACAGCGGCAUCAAGUAUGCGCCCAAGAACUAA